AUGGCACUUCAAGACUUCUUGGUUUCUGUUGCUGAAACAAAGGUUCUUCAAGGCUUUUUGUACGCAGCCCUUUUUGUAGGGAUCUACAAAAUCACCAACUUGGCCUUAUCCUUCGGCGCCAUGUUGGUGGACUUGUUUUUGCUCCCACCUGCGAACUUCGCCAAAUACGGUGCCAAAAAAGGAAAAUGGGCUGUCAUCACGGGUGCUUCUGAUGGAAUUGGUAAGGAGUAUGCUCUUCAGCUUGCAGCCAAGGGCCUCAAUGUAGUGCUUGUUUCAAGAACCGCUAGCAAGUUGGAAACUCUUGCCGAUGAAAUCGUUGCAAAGUACGGUGUCGAGGCUAAAUACGUGGCCUUCGAUGCUUCCACCGAUGCACCUGAAAAUUACACUCUCCUUCGUGAUACUGUGGCAGAAUUGCCCGUGACAGUGUUGAUCAACAAUGUGGGACAGUCGCACUCCAUCCCUGUUCCAUUCUUGGAAACUGAGGAGAAGGAAUUGGUUGAUAUCAUCACUUUGAACAACACUGUCACUUUGAAGAUUACCCAGAUCGUUGCUCCUAUCAUUACCAAAACCGUGGCAGACAAAUCGUCCAAGGGUCUCAUCCUUACCAUGGGGUCGUUCGGUGGCUUGUUACCAACUCCGUACUUGGCCACCUACUCUGGGUCCAAGGCAUUUUUGCAGCAGUGGUCUGCUGCUUUGGCUGGUGAGUUGAAGCCACAGGGUGUUGACGUUGAGCUCAUUGUUUCGUACUUGGUCACCUCUGCCAUGUCCAAGAUCAGAAGAUCCAGUGCAACCAUUCCUAACCCCAAGACGUUCGUCAAGUCUGCAUUGGCUGGGGUUGGUCGUCGUAACGGUGCUCAGGAGAGAUUUGCUACUUCUACACCAUACUGGGCACAUGCCUUCAUGCACUUUGGUAUUGAGAACACCGUAGGUGUCUACUCUGCACUUGCUAACAAGUUGAACCUUGGCAUGCACAAGAGCAUUCGUGCCAGAGCGUUGAAGAAGGCUGCUAGAAACAAGACUGACUAA